UUUGGUGGCGGUUGAGUUUUAAAAAAAUUGGAAGACAUACGGGCGACGUCAUGUACUAGCGCAUUUAGUUUUCGAUUUGAGAGGAAAACGCAAACGACAGCUGUGUUCAUGGCUGAACGGGAGAUCUUCCGGUCCCUUACAGAGGGACGGGUUGUGAUUGGUCGGCCACUUGUCCACCAGGAAGAAUCCCGCAGGCUUAUACAGGAACAGAGACAAGCGUAUGAAUUGGAGCUUCGCAGGUUCACUGGAGACGAUCCUCUUGAAGUCUGGGAUAGGUACUUGAAGUGGACCCUCCAGACCUACCCUGAGAGAGGGAAGGAAAGCGGCCUGAAAGACCUUCUGGAGAGGGCAGUGCAGCAGUUGUCUGGUGACAACAAGUACUACAAUGACCCCCGCUACGUCAGCCUUUGGAUCAUGUUGGCCCAGAACAGCUUGGAUCCCCUAGAGAUGUUCAGCUACAUGCAGGCCCGGGGCAUCGGACUCACUCAGGCUGCCCUUUACAUUGCUUGGGCUGAGGAGUACAUGAGGCAGGGAAACUUCCAGAAGGCAGACGCCAUCUUCCAAGAGGGUCUCAAAUGCAGAGCCCAGCCACUUGAUAAACUUCAGAUAUAUCAAAUGGGUUUUCAUGCCAGAGUGUCCGGUCAGGUUAUGUCUGGCACGGUGGACAAAGCUGAAGAGGACCGGAAACCAGAACCAGCGAGAACCAGUAUGGUGGACCUGAGACCACGAAAGAGGAAGUACUUAUUCAACAGGGCCGAGGCCUCGGUUGGAGCCGCAGAACUGAAGCCAGAACCCGGGAUGGUGCCAGCCUCCAGUAGGACCAAAGAGAACGAAGUCAUGCCAGAGAAUGGAGCCAGCAUCCAGGUUCCCCAGAGGUUAUCGUGUCCCAGCUCCUGUGUGCCUGACCCCCCCAGCAGGCCCCGCUCCCAGCCUGUCCCGGAGGCUGUCCCCACCCUUUCUGUGUCCGGAUGUCCCAUGGACCUGGCGGUGUCUGCCGGGCAGCCCCCCGCCAGAGAGGAGGUCCCGGUAAAUCAACAGAGCAUGUACCUCAGAGAGCAGCUCCUGGGUGGCCCCAUCGAGCUCAGCUUCGAGGAGUUGCGUGCCGAAAACUACUUUAAACGCAAUCCGCGGGAAAUUGAAGAGAGAAUCCAAAAGCAGAAGCAAACCAAAGAGUGGCUCAGGCAGCAGAUCGAAGAGAAGACGAGAUUGCUUCAAAUGAAACAACUGGAGCGACAGGCGGAGCAGGCUAGUGACAGAGACACAACACACUGGGCUGUGACGUGUGCUGUUAGUUCAGUCACUGGCAGUGAGUCAGUGGCAGGAAGUUGUUCCAGCUCUGCCAUGCCUUUCGUCCGUCAGAAUGCAGCGCCCUUCCAGAUAUUUGAUGAGGGAUCCGAGUCUGUCUCGACACAUGCCUCUGGGAGUGCUGCUCCGCGUCAACUUGACAUGAUUCCAGAUGAUGUUUUUCUACGCCCUGGAGAGCGAGGUCUCUGCUUUAUGACUCCACACCCAUUGCCAGGUGGCAAUAUCCCCCAGUGUAAACGGACUCUAUCCAAGAACUUUCCGGAUAAAAGUGUGUCCCUGAGCGAGGAGGUGGUCGACGGCCACGCGAACACGAUGCUGUGCGCCAGCCCGGAGGACACGCUGGACUUCGCCAAGGCCGCCAAGAUGGCCUCCUCUCCUUACACCUGUGGCACCGGGGAGAGGGAGUUCUCACCAGAGACGGGCGCCGUCACCAAAGACCCCGUCGUGCCCGCUCAGACCGACGUGACUGCGGACGAAAGGAAGAAGCUCAGCCCAAUCCAGGAAGCCAGCCUGGAGGUGUGGAGCUCCAUGACCUCCACCUCCUCCCACGGCGCCGCCUCUGGGGGCAAGCCCGACCCCCACCUCAGCAGGUGUGGGCGGAGCCUCACGGACCCCCUCCCUGAAGGCAUGGAGCAGACGUCGCCAUCCUUUCCUCCUGUGCUGGAGGACUCUUGCAGCGUCAGUAAGAGACGGCAAAUUCUGGAGCAAGUGGACCUGAGCUCGUUUCCUGACUUCUCCUCGGCCGAUGAUCCUCUUCCCUUGGUGGAGGAGCAUGAUGUGCUGGUUCUAGGGAAUGUGACUUUUGCUCUCAACUCUAAGACUGACUUCCAACACUUCUCCAUCUUUGAAGGAUGGAGUCACGGGGAUGUGGCCGUGAAGGUGGAGCACUGCGCUGUGCCGUGGGACUUCUACAUCGGCUCCCAGCUGAGGGAGCGACUAGCCCGGGAUUCCCAGGGACCCAGCUAUGACGCGGGACGCUGCUUCCUGUUUCGGGAUGGCUGUAUUACGGUCCAGAAGGCCUGCCAGAUGAGAACACUGCGUGAGGUGACACUGGGGGCCUUUGAAGAUGUUGUGGUCUCCGUGGCGAUCCAAACCGUGGACCUGGUGAGGCGCAUGCACUCCUGUCACCUGAUCCACGGAGCCCUGAGUCCCGACACGCUGGUCGUGAACCGCCUUUAUGAUGAUCCACUGGAUGAGCUCGACGGUGUCGUGCCUGUGGACUUUUCCUGCUCCGUGGAUCUGGAGCGGCAGCCGGAGGUGACCGAAGCGCGGAACCUCACAGCGGCUCAGGACUUCAUCCAACAGGGCCUUCUCUCCCCCACGGCCAGCCCCUACCAGGUGGAUCUCCUGGGCCUUGCGGAGACCGUGUGCACACUUCUGCGGAAGAGGAGCAUGCGGCCUGUUAAAGAUGGCUCUGAGUGGACACUGGAGGAAUAUCAAGAAGCAGACCCCAGUGACCGGGGUUAUGCAUUCUGGAGCAAGUUCUUCCGGACCCUUCUAAAUCCUGGAGACAGAUCCUCUGUGUCUGUCCUAAUGGGACUACUUGAAGACAUGAAGAAGUCGGAGUUUGCAUGAUUGUUUUUUUUAUCCUAUAAUUUUUCCAAUUUCUAUACUGUCAUGUCUUAACACAUUGUUAAAUAAAAAUAUUUGUUAUAUCGGC